AUGACUCAUACAGAACCCUCCGGCCUUGCUAGGAAGAGACGUGUGAUGAGGUUAUUUUUUAGACCCAAGGGGGUAGGGGGGAGUGGGAGAGUGGUGGAAUCAGAGGUGGUGGGGGCUAAGGCAGUAGGCGAGCUGGUCAGGCAAGCCUCUUCUGCUGCUGCAGCUGCUGCAGCGGCAGCGGCGGCCAUGGCAGCAGUAGAAGCAGAUGAUAAAACAGGAGGAGGAGCAACGGAAGCAGGAUCAGGAGGAGGAGGAGCAGCAGCAGCAGCAGCAGCAGGGCCAAGCCGUGCAGCUGAAAGCACUCGUCGCACUGAUGGCUCUCCACCUGCUGCUGCUGCUAGGGCACCAGGACCCACAGCAGGCUGCAUAGAGACUGCAGCAGCAGCAGAUGCACAGUCCACAGCUGCAGGGGCAGCAGGGGGGAAACGAACAGCAGGGGAAGGAAGCGAAAUCGAUUGGGAGGCGAGAGGGGGAGGGGGAAAUGGAGCAGAGUUGGCGAGCUCAGGUGCUCCAGCAGCUGCAGCAGCAGCAGGAGCAGCAGGAAGAGCAGGAGCAGCAGGAAGAGCAGGAGCAGCAGGAAAAGAAGCGUACGGGAUGGCUGCAGAAGGAGCGGCCAGUGAGGCUGUGGAAGAGGCUAGAGCCCUUCGCGAAAGAGAUGGUGGAGGAGGUAGCGAUGGUCGGAGAUCUAGAGAAAGUAGUACUAGCGAUAGUGCAGCAGCAGCAGCAGCAGCAGCAGCGCCCUGUGGCAGUGGCAGUCCGGUGCCCGACGGAGGGCAGGCCCGGCAAGCCCAUGCGCUGCACGCUGCUUCUGCACAGAGUGCUGUAGAGGCAGGUAGAGAAGAUGGUGAGGGAGUGGAGAGCGGUGGGGCGUGA